AUGGAAAAUGGUACAUCCUCUGAAGGGAAAGAUCCUUCGGCUUUCCUUGGUGAGAUAAUCGGCGCUCCAGUAACCAUCAAAUUGAACUCUGGUGUUGUUUACAAAGGCGAACUCCAGUCAGUUGAUGGCUACAUGAACAUAGCUUUGGAAAAAUCCGAGGAGUUUGUCAACGGUCGUUUAACGCGGACCUAUGGUGAUGCUUUUAUCCGCGGUAAUAAUGUGCUUUACAUCUCCGCUCACUGA